AUGCUCUCGCGGGCAGCCUUGCGCCUGGCCCAGCCGGCUGCUGUCUCGAGAUGGGCCUCUGCUGCCCCGACCCGCAGACCUCUGCCAGCAUUGGCAGCUGCGUCAACGAUAUGGAGUAGGGGCAUGGCAAAGGACAACAAGCCGAGCUCCGGAUUCAGCGCUCCAUCAAAUACCAACACCAAACCAUCCACCCCCCAACAGCAGAGCCCCUCCUCGUCCGCACCGAGAGCCGCCCCUUCAGAACCCGCCAAGGUCGCCCCAGAACAACCAGAACAACCAAAAGCUGUCAAGCCCGAGCCUGCGAAACCCGUCGAACCAGCUGCCGACAAGCCCCCCGAGGCGCCGGAGAAGGAGAUCCCUCUCUCUGAGCUUCCCGACCUUACCCAGGGUAUCCCGUCUACCCUUGCGUACGAACAGGCCAGCGCGAACGAGAAGGCCGCGCUGGAGGCAGUCGAGGAGGUUGCGCCCACAAGCGCAGGCGGCGGGCGUGGGAAGGGCGAGCUCCCUGCUUCCGCAUACAUAUCAUCCACCGAGAAGCGCCGCCAACGGUUCGCAAACUACAUGUUUGCUGCCUCCCUCGCCGGUAUGGUCGGUGGCGUUGUCUACCUCGGCCGGAACUGGGAUGACGAGGAGGAGCGCAGGCACCCAGAGGUACCCAACGGCUGGGGCUUGGGUCUCUGGUGGAACCGCGCCUCGACGCGCAUGAGCGAGGUGCUGACAUACUACCACGAGCCUGCCUUCGAGAAGCUGCUGCCCGACCCAGACCCCAUGUUCGAGCGACCCUACACACUGUGCAUCAGUCUCGAGGACAUGCUUGUGCACAGCGAGUGGACCCGUGAGCACGGCUGGCGGCUAGCAAAACGACCUGGCGCCGACUACUUCCUGCACUAUCUGAGCCAGUAUUAUGAGCUUGUUCUCUUCACCACUGUUCCCUUCGCCAUGGGCGAGCCUCUUGUGCGCAAGCUGGACCCUUACCGCUUUAUUGUUUGGCCACUGUACCGAGAGGCCACCAAGUACAAGGAUGGUGCGAUUGUCAAGGAUCUUGCCUACCUGAACCGAGACCUCUCCAAGGUUAUAAUGAUCGACACAAACCAACAACACGUUCGCGCGCAACCCGAGAACGCAAUCGUGUUGCCGAAGUGGACUGGCGACCCCAAGGACAAGGACCUGGUGUCGCUCAUCCCUUUCCUCGAAUAUAUCCACACCAUGCAGUACAGCGACGUGCGCAAGGUCCUCAAGUCCUUUGAGGGGAAGCAUAUCCCGACCGAGUUUGCGAGGCGCGAGGCCAUUGCGCGCGCCGAGUUCAACAAGCAGCUCGAGGCUGAGCGCAAGAAGCACCCACACAAGGGCAAGAGCGGCAUGGCGGCCCUGGGAGGACUCUUUGGGCUCAAGCCCCAGAACCUGAGUGUCAUGGUCGUCCCCGAGGGCGAGCAGGACCCGGCCACUGCCUUCGCGCAGGGCAAGAUGCUGCAGGACAUUGCGCGCGAGCGCGGGCAGAAGAACUACGAGGAGAUGGAGAAGAUGAUCCGCGAGAACGGCGAGAAGUGGCUCAAGGAGGAGGCCGCCCUGCAGGAGGCGGCGCAGAAGGAGGCCAUGGCCAGCAUGAAGACUUCGUUCACCGGCUGGUUCACGCCUAGCCAGGGCGGCGGCGGCUCGGAGAAGAAGGCUUGA